UGUAUUUACCUCCAUCGAAACUGCCGGAGGGAACCGAACCUCCUGCCAGAACCGGCCUGUGUCCCGGGACCGGACACCCCGCUAACACCGUGAACAUGCCCGGUCGGAGACAAGCGAUAAAGCUGCUGUGAAAGACGAACCAUGUGGAGGGUCCAAAGUCUUGUUGGAAGAGUCCUGCAUCGCUGCCAUGGCAGCAGCUCCCUGCGACUGCCCCAGAACCACCAUGUGGAGGACGAGGUCAUCAACAACUCGGCGGUCCUCUCCACCUCUCGACACUCCUCUGACAGCAGCUCUCAGAAAGAGGAGGAUGGAGAGAGGAGGAGGAAGCAGAGGACUUUUCAGUUUGGCUACACUGAGCUUCCACGUUACACAGCCCUGGAUGCUGUGGGAUGGGGUACAGCAACAGUUCUGUUCAUGCAGAUCUGCAGGAGGAUCCACUCCCAGUUCUCCUCAGGCACUGAACCCAGUCCGACCCCUGGAACCUUGACAGCAACUUCAACUCUGCAGAAAUGCGGCUAUCGCAUCCUGCUCGAGAUCUUAUCGAGACGCGAUGUCCUGCCCAGAGGAACGAAUGUGUUGUGUCUGCAGGAGGUGCCAGAGAGACAGAACCACGAUCAGAGUUCAGCUCAAAGCAGCAGCAGCAGCAGCAGCAGUAGCAGCAGUAGUGAGCAGGACCAUCUGAGUGCUGAAAGCUCCAUCUCUGACCACCAGAGGGCACUCCUUACCCAGGAUUCGCUUAUACUAGAAGAAUCGCUUCUGUCAGCAGCCUGUCCUCGGCAGAAUGAUGCCAACCAAGAGACUACAGAGGAAAAAGAUGCAAAAGAAGAGAACAUAUUGUCUGAUGAAGAGAAGCUGGCAGAAGCAGCACUGAAUCUGAGACAUGUCGGAGACACUAGUGUUCCUGUUAUCCUCAAUGUCAUCGGUAUAGAGAGUGCCAAGAGAGACAACUAUGAGGAAGCUUUCACCUGUUUUUUAGCAGCAGCUCAGCAGGGCUACAGUAAAGGCCAAUUUAACACAGGUGUGUGCUACGAGAAAGGCAGAGGAGUCAGCAAGGACAUUGAGAAGGCUCUGUAUUAUUACAAGCAAGCAGCAGCCGGUGGCCACAAACAAGCUCAGUAUCGCUACGCAAAGCUGCUCCUGACCAGUAGGGGGCACCAGAGUUUAGAUGAGUUGGACACUGCUAUCAGUUUCCUGGAACAAGCUGCUGCAGCCGGCCUCACCAAGGCGCAGGUCUGCCUGGCCUCGGUCUACUCCCAGGAUCCAGUGAGAUACGGGUGCAAGUCUGUCGAGUAUCUGAAGAUGGCAGCAGAGAGCGGAGACAACACAGCCCUGCUCUUCUUGGGCCAAUGUUACGAGAGCGGCUUGGGGGUGCAACAGAACUUGAGGACGGCAGUUGAAUUCUACAAACGAGCCGCUCAAGCAGGCAACAAGACAGCAAAGAGCUUAAUAACACCUCUUAAUGACACAUACAGUAAGGCAGAAAACGCAAUGUUGCGCUCCAUCCGUUCAGCUCCGUGUUUCUCUGUAGACGACCGUCGACUCCAGCAGCCGCUUUCCUUUCUGGCCACUCGUGUCCUUUUUUCUACCGGUCUCCCCAAAACUCCGCCUCUGCUGCCUCACUCCUGGAGCACCGGGAGCUUGUGCGUCCCUCCGUCGUCGGCCUCCACACCUCUUCACCUCCUUCCCACCAGCACUGAGAAAGGAACCUGCCAGUGGACUGUAGGGGUCGGAUAGAGGUCCAGAGGCGGCACAAGCCAAACUGAGAAUGUAUGUCAAGGUGUGAAUUGUCUCUCAAAGACAAAGGUCAGAGUGUGUUAGGUGUUGUGAAGUCUGGAUUAGAGUGAAUGGCUUUUAUACUUGGUCAGAUAUGUGAGUGUACAUGAAAUGUAUGGUGUUUUUUAUAUAUGGAAGAGCUGUUUAGCACAAGGUUUUACAAUAUUAUGUGUAGAAUCGGAGGAGAAGCUUUCAAUCGUGGUGUUUUCAUAUAAGCUUUCCUGUGAUAUAAGUUCUCCAGUACAUGGAAAAAAUGUGAUCUAGGUGCCUUUGGGUUACUUGUUUCUCUGCAAACUAAUGUGGAAUAAAUCACAUAAAAAGACGUAGAAUACAAUUAUGUCGCCUGUCAACUAUAACACAACAAAAGUGCUUUAUGUUUUACGCUUAAACGGUAUGUUAUGUUUUUAGGGGAAAUUGUUCUCAUGGUAGAAGUACAAUUUCAGAAAACACUACUGCAUGCUUUGUGAUAGCCCAAACUGUUAACCAGACAUGCCAAAGGGAAUUAUGAUGCACUGAGAAGAGGCUGUAUUUUUGUUAAGCGCACAUAUUAACAAAAUAAAAUAAAAAAUCAUCCCAAAA